CGGAUUUGAACUCCAACGACGAAGCGGCGAGGAUGAUGCUCAUGGCCGCAUCCAACAACGAGGCCGCUUCCGUGGCGGUCAAGCUCCUGCCGGCGCCGGCGGGCCGGGGCGCCAAGGCCGGCAGCGGCCUCCAUGAGCUCCUCUUCACGCUCCUUGGCCAAGAGCGGGUCGAGUGGGACGCCAAGCUGCGGGCCAAGCUCAAGCUCGCGUUGCUCAAAGACGUCGCCGAGCGCGACCAGACACAGCAAACGAUGGCCGCGCUCCACGAUACGAUCCGCACAUGCUCCGUCGAGAUGGACCGGCUCCGCGCCGAGACCGACAAGAAGAUCGAGCCCGAGAAUUCCAACCAAGUCGAAGAGCUCGGCGAAGAAAAGCCGGAAAUCGAUGUUGCCGACGAGAAUCCGCUUGCACUCGAGCCGAUCGCCUCGAAAGCGGUCAAAGAAGAGGCCCUACGCGCGCCGUCGCCGACCGCGACCCGCCGACCCUCCACGAGCAGCACGUCCCAAGCGCCGACACGCCGCCGGUCGAGCGUACGCCGCAAGUCGCUGACGCUGGUGUCGUGCAAGAGCAGCCCCGGUAAAGUGAGCAUGAGCCCGGGCAAGCACGGGUUUGCCAACCAGCUCGUCUUGGUCAAAGCAAAAAAGUCGUCAACCAUCAAGUCCGGCGACGCGCCGUCGCGGCUCGGCAUCAAGAUUGCGCGCAAGUGGAAGCCGCUUAACAUGAGUCUCUUCUCGUUGCAUCCGAACGCGGCUGCCAUACCCGCCCCCGUGCUCGAGCUCGGGCUGCAACAGAAUGCCAUCAUGCUGCGGCAACUGCGCUACGUCAAGGGCGUCAUGCACGAACUGCCGUGGGCCAAGUCCCGCCUCCGUGACAUGCUCUCGCACUAUACGCAGAAAGACUUGACAAAGGAAGACUUGUUUCCGCAGCUGAGCCACUUGUCCGUGCAAGUCCAAGACGACCUCGACGCCAAGGCCAAGGCCCAGAAGCAUGUGAUCGAAGCCAAGGCCAAGCAGGCGACGACGCUGCAGUUGGCAAAAGGCAUCAUCAACGAGCUGACGAUUGUGAAGUACGGACGUCGCGGCAAGCCCCAUGAGACCAAGCUGUACUACGACGAGACGCACCCAUGCGUACUCUACUGGCAGUCCAAGCAAGGUGAUCGGUCGAGCUCGUUCUUGCCACUCCAUAGCGUCAAGGCCAUUGAAGUCGGCCACGUCACGCAUGUCUUCAAGCGGGCCGCGCGCAAGCACGCCGACUUGGAUCCGUCCCGCUGCUUGAGCCUCGUCACCGAGGAUCGUACGCUGGACCUGCGUCUCCCCAACACCCUCCAGCGCGACUGGCUGCUCAAAGCGCUCCAAGACGCCGUGCAGUACGCUGUCCAGUACCGCGCGACGGCGCCUGCGAAGCGCAGUCAGGGCCCACACCUUCUCACUCCUGCCACGCCCCGCCUCCGGCGCAUGUAGCCUCGUGCAAUUACACUUGAACACAGCAUCGGUGGAUUACAGCAACAA